AAGAUGAUAACGGUGCGGGAGUAUCAGCACCAGAAGAUGGUGACACCAAUAAAACCCUACACCAAGGCAUGUUUUGUACAAUUCAACAAACAGAAAAUAAAUCAGGAGGACAACCAGAUGAAUCUGACUCAAGCUCCAAUUCUAGUUCUGAGUCGGACGAGGAACUAGAAAAAUCUGCAUUACCUGAAUUCCCAGAGAUAACGCCCACCAACGCCACUCACAUUGUUAAAGAACACAAGAUUCCAGUGUUUCGAGGGGAUGAUGACGAUGAAGAUCCGAUUAAAUGGCUCAACGAUCUAAUUAAGGUCAGCAAAGCAAAUGGUUGGAAUAAAGCGACGGCUUUGCGCCAAAUACCAAUCGCAUUGAAAGAUAUCGCAGCAGACUGGUAUCAAGAACUGACGAAGAAAAAGAAAACAGAUAUGGACGAAUUUAUUAAAGCUUUCGCUAAGCAAUUCUCCGAUACGGCCACUACAGCCAAAUUGCAUACAAAGAUUGCAACCCCAAGAGUUAAAACGUUAACGGAAGCCUAUAAAAAAGCAAAAGAAGCGGAAACAAUGCUUACUUAUAACGAAUUCUCCACCAGCGUAAAUGCUGUAUUGAACGGAGAAAUGAAAAAUGCUGAUGGACAACGGAUAAGACGUUUGGAUAAGACGUUUGGAGAAGACCAUCCAAACGUUGAUUGCCGAACAAAGGGAAGCGAGACGAGAAAAAGACCAAACGAAGGAAGAGAUGAAAUGCCAUUAUUGCGGAAAGAAAGAAGGGAACGAACAACCAAUCAAAAUAAUCGAUUCAAUUCAUACUCGACACCGCGAAAUAAUCAACAACCAUUCGUGUUAUAUCGAGAUUCAAGACUGCCAAUUAGGCAAGAUCUUCGGGACAAUCGAGGAAAUCAAACAACCAGAACUAUCAAACAUUUGGACAACAGUUUCCAAGAAGAAAUUAUAAUCGAACAGACAGAGGACGAUUCUGCUAUUGAAGAAUCCGAUAAAGAAGAAUCCGAGAUAGAAACUGAAGAAUCCGAGGAUGAUUCCAUCAUGGCUUUAGUAGCCACAUCGUCCAGAAAGAAAAUCACAGCAAUGACUACCGACGCCGAAGUGGACGGA